AUGGAAAUAGAGGAAUAAAGCUAAAAUGAAACAAAUCAAUCUUAAAUUUACUUAGAGAACUUCAAUAAUUGCACUUAAAAUAAUUCUAUGAUAGAAUAAAGCUAAUAUGUAGAAAAUUAUCAAUAAAACUAAAAUUAUUAUACAAACUAUGAUGAAACUAAUUCUGAUAAUGCAAAAUAGAAUAUCAAUUAUGAGACUGCAAACAGUUAAAAUACAAUAAUUGAAAGCAAUUCUAAUAAUAUUAUCUAGUAACAUAAAAGAAAAAGAAAGCGUAAGGAAGUUGGAUUUAUUAACAUUUGCUAAAAUAUUAACUUUAAUAACGAAAUAAGACUCUCUUCAGGUUUAUUAAUAGAUUCUGAUGGAAUAAUUCGCUUCUCAAAUAGUAUGGGUUUUUUUAGUUUUGGAACUACGCCAUGGCAAGCUUAGAAUCUUGCAUAUUAAAAAUAGUAUAAAAUAGUCAAUUGCUAAGUUGCCGAUGUAUCUAGCCAAAAAAUAUUCUCAGUUGAAGAGGCUCUCGAAAUUUUAAAGAAAAUGAAUUACUAUAGGUUUGAUGAGCUUAAAUACACUUUUCAACUGUACUAAGAAGGAAGAAAUGGUAUUUUAGAUUUUUUAAAUUAGAUUUAAGUCAGUUAGGAUAUUCUAAAUGAGCACGAUGAUUCAUAUUUACAGCACAUAGAAUCCUGUGAGAAAUAUGUUUAAGAAUAUUCUCAAUCAAACUCUGUGCAAAUGUUUUAAUAUUGUAUUGGCAGGAUUAACCUUGCUAAAAAAGAUGUAGAGGUUGCAAGAUGUGGAUUCUCAAAGUCCUAUCUAGAUUUUAUUGGUAUAGACUUAGAUACUUUUAACCAAAUCUUACUGAGGAAACAAAAAAUAGAUCUAAUAAAAGACAAGGAAGAGAUUUUUUCACUUUUUUCUAAAGGCAUUAAAGACAGGUUUUAUUAUAAUAUGGACUAUCUUGACCAAACAUUGAAUAUUGUUACGUUUGAUGGCUUUCCAAUAAAAAUUAAGUUUAGAAAAUAAGACUUGUAACCUUGUGCUUAAUAUAAGAAAAUUUUUCCUGAGAUAUCUCACGAGUUCAUAUUCCACAUCACAGAAAUAGAUAUUGAUCUGUUAGACCUCUAAAAUUUAAUUUCAUACAGAGAAAGAUUGUCUGUUUCCAAAAAUAAUUUAUCAUAUGAGGAUUUCCUUAAAAAAGAGCUAUCUUAUCUUUUCGAAGAUGUUGAAUAUUCUGUGCAUUCUUAAGCAUUUGCUGAAAAAUUCUAUCAAUCAAAUGUAUAAAAGUUAAAAAAAAUUCAAAAAUAAUAGUUUACAAAUCAAAGUUAGCAGCAAUUAAAAAAAUAUAGUGGCUACAGAUUAGUUAGUAGCACAUCAAAUAUAAAACCAAUAUAAAUCAAUUGA